AUGCCUCAAGCCCCUGCCAAGAUCGACAUGCGGGCAAAGGUGGAGGCCUCUGCCCCGCAGCACUUCUUCUGCCCCAUUGCCAUGCACAUCAUGCGGGACCCCGUCGUCCUUUCCACCGGCCAGACGUACGACCAUCCCAGCAUCGAGCGCUGGCUGUCGGAGGGCCACACCAAGUGCCCCAUCACAGGGGUCGAGCUGCCGACGCCUGUGAGCAUGGCCCCCAACCUGGUGCUGCGCCAGAGCAUCGAGGAGUGGGCCGCGCGCCGGGCGCCCUGGCUCUUGCUCUCCAUCGCCGGGUCGCACGGGUCGCUGCGCUCGCUGGCCGGCCCAGGCCCCGACCCGGCCCUGCUUUCCUCCUACUCCGCCGCCCCGCCAGCCUCUGACCCGUACGCCAGCGCGCAGAGCCAGGGCGGCGGCGUGGCGCUGAUCCCCAUGCCCGCGCCGCGCGAGCCCAGCGCACCCUUCUUCGACCCGCUGCCGGCACGGCGGCACGGCCCGCUGGGCCGCGCCGUGGUCACCUGCCAGGUGGUGCUGCUGGUGUCGGUGUGGAUCACGCUCUACAUCCUCUCCGUCUGGCAGGCGGGCUGGAGCCUGGCUGACCUGGCGGUCAACCCCUGGGCGGGGGCCAACCCUCGCGCCCUGCUGGCAGUCGGCGCGCAGUCUCACGGCUACGUGGCCUCGCGUGGCCAGGGCUGGCGCGUUCUCACCUCCCCCUUUGUGCCGGCGGGCAUCAUCCAGCUGGUGCCAAACGUCAUGCUGCUCUCCACCUUUGUGCGGUACCUGGACCGGACGCUGCCGCUGCCCCCCGUAACCAUCCCCGCCAUCUUCCUGGUGGGGUCCUGGUGCGGGGCGGUGACGGAUGCCAACCUGAACGUCUACUACGUGUCCAGCGGCGCCUCGGCCGGGGUCGCUGCCCUGCUUGCCGCCAUGUGGGUGGAGCAGUCGGUCAACUUCUCGCGCUACCAGCUGCACGCCGUCUCCUACCUAGUCCUAUUCAUCGUGACGGGCGUGCUGGGCACACUGAGCGUCCUCCCCAUGCAGAGCUUCUGGUACCUUGCGGCGGCUUUUGCGGCGGGGGCGACGCUCUCCGGCGUCAUCCUGGGCCUCCAGACGGUGGGCAUGGGUUUGGUGAUGUCCAAGCACAACAGCUCCUGGCUCCGCGUCGUGGCCAUUGCCCUUGCCGCGGCCCUGCUGGUGGGCGGCGCGGUGGCGGGCGCGCUGGGCGUGGGUCUGGACACCAGCGUGGGGACCACCUGCGGGGAGGCCUGCGUGAAGCUGUCCUGCGCCCCCCUCCAGUGGUGGACCUGCGCCCCCAGCCCCACCUACUGGUACAACGGCUGCGGCUUUGGCCAGAGCAGCGCCGGCGAGGGCUUCAUCCAGUGCCCCACUGGCCUGCAAAUCUCGCUGGCCGACGAGGAUGUGGAUGUGGAAGGGCUGAGCAGCGUGCAGGCAGGGUCCUUGUGCUCCUCCCUGUGCUCCGCCUCGGACGGCAGUGCCUCCCCCUCGCCGUCCUCGCCCACCAGCACGACCCUGGCGGGUGAGGGGGUGGCCAGCCCGCCGCCGCCCCCACCUGCCACCGGAUCCACCGGGACGACGCCGGGGGGGUCCCUGCAGACCACCUCGGUCUCGCCCGCCCAUGCCGCCAGCCCCGUCCUGGUGUGA